AUGGUAUUGAUAUAUUUUCCUAAAAUGAUUUCGCAUUAUUGGAAAACAAAACCAUUAAUACCGUUUCAUAUAAACGAAACUGCGCUUCAUAGUAUAAUACAAAUGAUUCGUGCACCAGCCGUUAAUAUUUCUCGUCAUUUGGUUACUUUGAAAAAGCCUAUUAAACAUGUCUUCGUCAUUGUUCUAGAAUCAAUUCGUGCCGAUGCUUUACCAUUAAACAAAAGUCUGGCCGAUGCUAUAAAAUCUACUUUUGCAUCCUAUGCGACUGCUGCUAAGGUGACACCACUUCUCAAUUCACUUUGGACGAAUUCUGUUCAUACAGUGGCAUCAGUCACAUCAUCAAGCAAAUUCUUAUAUGAAAAAUGUUUACCUGAACUACUUCGUGAAACUUUUCGAACGAAAAACAAUCAAUCAGCCUUUCGUUCAGCCUUCUUUACAGCAGCUCGUGAUGAUUUCGAUCAUCAGAAAGAUUUAUUUAACAAGCUUAAAUUUGAUACCACAAUUAACGGUUUUGAUAUUUAUGAAGAGGUAGGAUAUGUUCCCGAUCUUGGGAUGUUUGGCCCUGCUGAUUCAUAUAUCUUACCUCUAAUGUGGAAAUGGAUUGAUAAUAAUUUGGCAGAAAAACAAACAAAACAUUUGAUGAUGAGCUUAUUAGUUACUGGAACACAUGAGCCUUUUCCAAUACCAACUGAUUCACCAAUGGAUGAAUAUAGUUUUUACAUAGAUGAUUCACCAUAA